AUGGCCGACUCGGAGGUGGUGUAUACUAAGCCGGAAGCUAUUGAAGCAGAAAGUGUACAUUGGGCUGCUCCAGGUUUGAAAACAGACCCGCAUGGGUUUUCACUGCAUCCACAGCCAUCAAAUGAUCCUCAUGAUCCUCUUAACUGGAGCCCGGGGCUCAAACUCUGGAUCCUCUUUCAAGUCUCGAUGCUAUCCAUGCUAAGUCCAUUCACACAAGCAAUCAUUGUAGGAAAUCCCGUCCCAACACUGUUGGUGGACAUUGUUCCUGAUAUGCGAUCACAGAAUUCCGCGUAUGGGGAAGUCUCUGAAGCUUUCCACAUCAGCAUCCAAGAAGCUUCAUAUGCCCUCACCGUUGCCAUCAUCACGUCUGGUGUCUUCCCCCUCAUUUGGUCUCCACUCUCAAAUAUAUAUGGCCGACGCCCCGUUUUCGUGUUUGUAUCAAUCUUAGGCAUUGUUGGCCAUGCGGCGUCAGGUGCGGCUAAGUCAUGGGCGGGGAUUUUGGCAUCCAGGGCAAUUAUGGGGAUUGGAACUAGUGCAGGAUCUGGGAUCGGGCUUGCAGUAGUGGCAGAUAUGUAUUUCAUGCAUGAGCGUGGAAGUCUUCAAAACGGCGCUCAUCUUGCGGGCGUCAUUGGCGGCUUUGUCUCUAAUGCUUGGGGAUGGCGCUGGUGCUUCUGGUUACCUACAAUAAUCUGGGCGGUUAACUGGGUCGUCAACGUCUUCUGCCUCCCCGAGACUCUAUACUACCGACAACACAACGCUAUUAUCACCGCUGAUCGAGGAGAAGAAACAAAGUCAGACCCCUGGCUUAGGCUCUUUACUUUUAAUAGCUCAUCAGUCGGUCGACGAAGACUCGUCAUGGGUGAUUUCCUGCACGUCGUUAGAAUGCUACGAUAUCCUAGUGUCCUCUUUCCAACGAUAUACUAUAGUGUUUCCUUUGGAAUUGGCACUGUCAUGUUUGCGGUUACUGGGGCUGCCGUUUUUGGGAGUAUCUAUCACUUCGACACUGCACAGAUUGGAAUGAUUAUUGGUUUACCGACACUGAUCGGUUCAAUAAUCGGCGAAGUCUGUGCUGGUCCAGUGUCUGAUUGGGCUUUGUAUAUCAAGACCAAACGUGACCGUGGUAUUUCUACUCCCGAAGCCCGAUUGCAGGCUACAUGGCCAGGUUUCCUCCUCAUGCCAAUUGGUGUGAUUAUUGAAGGAGUAUGUUUACAAUUUCAUACGCAUUGGAUGGGUCCCGCAAUGGGAAUGGCGAUAGCAUUGUUUGGGCUGCAGAUUGUGAGCACGAACAUCUUUGCGUAUAUGAUGGAUUGCUAUAAACCCCAAUCCGCUGAACUGAGUACUAUCCUCAAUUUCGGCCGACAAGUAUUCUCGUUUACAUUGGGUUUCUACAUGCUCCCAUUCGCGCAUGCAACGAACUAUGGUAUCGCAUGGGCAGUCGUGUCUCUGGCUAAUAUGUCGCUGUUUGCUGGUGUUGUCGCCCUGAUGUGGAAGGGAAAGGAGUGGAGGGAGAAGCUGGGCCCUCCAGAGUUCGAUGAAUGUAUUUGA